UUUAUUUUAUUAAUUCUAAUCAGUGAUUUAAGAUACAAUAAUCACCCUGUAUACUUACCUAUAUUAAUUAAUGAAAAUAAGACACAAUAUUAAUAUGCAUAAUGUUGAAAUAUGUACAUACAAAAAUACAAUUAUUAUUAUAGUCAUUUAAAUUAAUAGAAAAAUAUGUUACAUAAUAAAUAAUUUCGAUGACUUAAAACAAAAAUAACGCACGCACAAAAUAACAAUUGGAUAAUUAGAGCAGAUUCAGUUUUUCAAAUUUAUAUACACGACUGGAAAAUUUGAGAAAUAAUCGAGUCCAGUUAAAUUCUCAUAGACAGUACACUAAACUGAAUAAAGUCAUUUUCGUCGAAAGCGAACGUUCAACAUAUUUUGUUUUAAGCCAUUGAUUAAUAAUAAUUAGAGUCGUUUCAUAUUUUAUAAUAAUAUAUAGAAAUUAUAAACAAAUAGAAAUCAAAAGUUAUCCGUACGAAUUCAAAUAUACAGUAUUGUUAUUAUUACUAAACAUAAAAAUACGAUUUUUUAACAUUUAGAAAACCACUAUACCUAGCGAACGAAUACUUGACGAAUUAAAAUAAGUUAUUAACACUCUUAUUAACCACGUUUGUGCAACAAAUGGUAAGUAUAGGCCAACAUAUUUAUACGAAUAUUUAUGUACAAAGUAAGUAAUAGCAGUUUGAACUGAAACCGCUUCAUCGAUUUUAUUAUUAUUUUUUUUUUUCUAUUUAUAUUAUCAUCAUUACAAGAGGGUCAGGCGUACGGGCCUGUUGAAAAUCGGCUUGUUUUGCAGAGAGUGAACGGCCUGCGCGGCCUCUUGCGGGCUCCGGAGGUUGACGCGCGCCUCGCCGGUGGGCUUACCAAAGUCGUUGAAUCGCCUGAUGACGUUUUGGCUGCUCAGAUCGAAACCGUCAAAAAAGUCCACUAUUUCUUGGACGUCGGCCCGGUACGGAACGUUAUCCAGGGCUAUCACGCAACCGGGCUGACCGAAUCCAUCGGGUCCCGUGUUUGGGCCACCAGGUCCGGGACCGGGACCGCGCAUACGGGGAGUGUACCCUCCACCGCCGUUGUUCAUGUAUUGCUGUUGCGAACGAUUUCCUCCGAAUUGGCCAUUGUGACCACCGCCACGGCCGCCGUACGAAGACUGCUGCGGCCCUUGAUGGCGGUGCUGGUUGUGUCUGGGUGGGCCGCCACUGUUGCCGCGCAUUCCGCCCGUCCACGAGAUAUCCUGAUGGUGGUUAUGCUGUUGCAUAGGUUUCGUGAUCGCCUGGAUCAUGUCCGCCCUGGCGAUCAGCUCCACGUACACCAAAUUCGGUCCCAAAUAACACUGGUCUUUGGUCAGGGCCAAGUGCGCUUGUUGCGGAUUGCUGAACUCGCAGUAAGACUCGCCGGUCGGCCUGCCCAUUUUGCUCAGCAUUAUGUGUAUCUUGUCCGGCAUCACCGAGACGUCGCCGAAGAACUGCGUGAUGUCCGUGUUGGUUACCGUGGUGGGCAGGCCAUACACGUACACGCAAUUCGAGGACCUGAGCGCGGGCGGCAGAUUGUGAGGCGGCGGCCGCGGCGGUUGCAUCAUGACCGACUGCGGGGGCGACGUAGAGUUAUGCUGAUUGUGGUGAUGGUUGUGGCUGUUGUUGUGAUGGUGGUGAUGGCGAUGGUGAUGGCCAACAUCUCCCGAAAACCGUCUUCCGCCGGCUUCGGACUUGCGUUUGAUCUGCGCAAAUUCUUUGUACGUGCACCGCAAUACGGGCACCGGCGUGGAGCCCAACAGAACACACACGAACCGCUUGAGCGCGGUUUCGGCCUCAUCGACGUUGGUGAAUUCCAAAGCGGCGGCCUUGAACUCACCAUCCGGGUAGAAAACCACCCGACGCACGUUUUCACCACCAUCGAACUCGUUCAGUACGUCCUCUUCAGUCACCGCCAUCGGAAAUUGAUUCAGUUUCAGGUAUUUGGUCGGUAAAUCUUGCUGUGUCGGAGAGGAGAGUGCAUCAUCAGGGCAACCUUCGGUCGAAACCUCAGCCGUAUCUUUAGCAGUCUUUUCACACGCUACCACAUUGCAGCUGUCGUCUUCACUCCCCUCCGCUUUGUUCUUUUGCUGCUGCCCUUUGUCCAAUCGCUCCUCGUUAUUGUCCGCCACCGUCUUGUCUGGCUUGCCGUCUUCUUCUUCGUCGUCGUCCACCAGAUCAACGUGGUCCACGACCGUCGGCGGAACCUUGGCGGGGUAGGGCCGAUCGUCCGUAUUCUCCCGCUCGUACGCCUCGUCGUCUAGAUGUUUGACUGACACUGGACUGCCCUUGUACAUAGUUCCGUUGAUCUGCAUGGCCAGAUUCUUGCUCUGGUUGUUGCCGAAUCGAACGAAUGCCACGCCUUGCCGAUGCUUUUGGAUUUUAAUGGCCGACCCGUCGAUGUGUAUGUUUUCGAAUAGCAAACGAAUGUCACCAUAUGAAAACUGGUUAAACUUGUUGAACACUUUGACGCACAGACCGCCAAAUUCUUGGGGCGUUGUGGUAUUCCGGACAUCGUAUCGGUAUCGGUCGUUGUACCGCGGUGGUGACGCUUUGGGGUUAUCCGAGUCGGCAUGGUCGUCUUUUCGCUGUGGCGGCACUACAUUUAACUUGGGACCGCCAGUAUCGUGAAUCGAGCUGAACCUUGACGGCCUGCCACUGCGGUCUGAAAAAUUGCUGUACCUAGGUGGCGGCUGCUGCUGUUGCUGUUGCUGCUGCUGAUGAUGAUUAAAUCUAGGCCCACCUCCACCGCCUCCGAAUUCGUCAAACGACCGUUUGCCGCCACGAUGCUGUGAGACGCCAGUCGACCCGCCUCGCUUGGGAAAUCUCGGGCGGCCGAACCCUUGAUGAGGACCGUGAAAAUCUUGUCCUGGCGGUCCUCUUCUUGCACCUGGACCGUUAUUAUCAUUGUACCUACCUCGGAAAUUAUUGUUGAACUCGGUUUGUCGGUCGUCUUCGUCGUCAUCGUUACCAGCAUCGCCACUGUAAUUGUCCACUGAUUUCACCGGCCUGGUAACAAAAUUGUUUGAAAGCACAUACGACUGCUGCUGACGUUCUUCGGAAACCCACUCGUUCUUGGGCGGUUGUUGGGGCUGUUGAUACGAGUUCUGUUGUUGUACAUGAAUUAUUGUCGGUUGAGAGGGUGCCCUGAAUUGAUUGAACACCGUCGUAACGGGCUGUUGACGAUUAUUGUCAGUCACUAUCGUUCCUGCUGAUAUUUGUUGUUGAGACGAGUUGUAUUGACAAGCCCAUGGCCUGAUCGGCAUUUGAUGUUGCUCACCGCCGACUACCGCCUUAUUAUCACCACCGUUGCCAUCGACAGGCAUUUUAACGACCGGCGACCUGGACCUAUGUGAAGAUUUGCUCGCAUUUCCCCGGCUGGCCGAGUUCCUGCUUCCACCAUUGGUGUGAUGCCUGUCCUUGGAUCGGUCUCUCCCGCUACUUCGGUCCCUGCGCCGUCUGUCCCUGGACCUCGACCUGUCCCGUCUAGUACCGCCACCGCCGCUACGAGAUGACUUCGACCUACGAUCCCGUGACUUUGACCGUGUCCGUUCGCGUUUGUAACUCUUGUCUUCACGAUCUUUAUUUUCCAGCGAUUUCGGAGACAGAUGUUGUAGCUGCUGCUGUUGUGGUAGUAGUAGUUGUUGUUGUUGUUGUUGUUGUUGUUGUUGUUGUACCUGCUGUUGUUGUACCUGCUGUUGUUGUACCUGCUGUUGUUGUACCUGCUGUUGUUGUACCUGCUGUUGCUGUAGCUGAUGAGGCUGUAGCCGCUGACUUUCUUGAGACAUAAUCACCGGGGCCGUUUCCAUUAAAGUCUGAUGUCUUUGCUGCAACAUACUCACCAUACGGAUGUGGCCGGGCUGAAUUUGAGGCUGCGGUAAUACCUGUGUAAAAAACAAAAGAAAUGUGUUAUAUUUAUGAUACUAUAGUCAUAAUUUUAUGGCGAUCAUUUAACGACCGUGCGUCGAGUGACCGUCCAAAAUCGAUUACAAGAAAGGUACGAAUUAUUAUUGGGCCGGUUCUAUGGCUUCGUGAUCAAUACCGAUGAUUUCUUUUAGCCAUAAUAGGUACCUUGGCGGUCAGCGGUGGCAACGAUGAACCAACGAUGGGCUGCAAUAGGGGCUGCUGCAUUUGCUGCAUGUAGGCCUGUGAGAGUUGCAUCGCGUGUUGCCGAGCGGUCUCUAUGACCUUUUGCAUCUCGUUGCGAGAGCUUAACAACAGUCUGAUUUGAACUUCUUUUAUGCAACCGCCGUCCGACAUCAUAGCUUGUCUUGCAUCCUCAUCAGUACUGUAAACGGUCGAGAAUACAACAAUAUUAUAUGAUAAGUGCAACUACGAUAAUGUUUAAAACCCGUUACUGUUGUUUGUUUACUAUACUAAUAUAAUGAAGGUAUGUACCUAAAUGAAAUGAAGGCGUCGCCUUUUUCGCCACCGACGAUGUGAACCCCGCCUUCGGGUAUCGAUAGCCCUUGGAAAUAAUGCCGGAUGUCCGCGGCAUUUGCCGCCCAAGGCAAAUUUUGUAAUCUGAUUAUCACACUCAUAAUGGCGCUUCUAAAAAAACCAAAAUAAAUAGAUUUUCGUUAAUAACUUUCGUGGUCUAUCGGUUUUUAAUAGUGUUUAUAAUUAUUUGAUACAUGUAUGUGAACAAAUUUCGAACAUAAUAUUAAAACGGUUCGAGAUAUAAACCAGUUGUGAAUUAACGACGUAAAAAAAGAUAUGUAAAUACGAAAUUAAAUGCUAGACAGUUAACACAUUUCUAACUAGGUUUAUUUUAUGAUGUUUAUGACCUUAAAAACGCUAAUAAAAUCAAGUAAAUAUGCCUAAUAAAUAUCAAAAUAUACCCUUAAAAGAAAUCGAUUAUGACAUUUAAAGUUUAGCAUACUCAUAUUAUGUAAACAAUUUAAAAAAAUAGCUGGUUCAACUAUAAUACUUCAAUGCCUCAAAGGGUUAAAAUUGGAGGGGAAAUCUGAGCAAUGAGAAGCGAAGAAAAUAAAUAUGGUUGUCUAUGUUAGAAUUUCGUAAAUACGUAGGUACCAAUGCUGACAUACAUCUUAAUUUUAUCAUGGAUAAACGUUUAGGUAGUAAAGAUAUGAAUAUUAUAUUUGAAACCAACAAUAUCUAUGAGUGUAUGUAGUAUAUAUUAAUUCCAGUAUAUUUAUUGAUUUUUGUCAUCAAAAUAUAAAUUCAUUCAUAAAAUCCAUAAAUAUGCGAAAUAAAAUUAAAUGUAUCUAAUUCUGUGUCAUAUUAAACCAAUUUAAAAAGUCUUGGUUAGGUCUGCUAAGUGCACGACUAAAAUAAUAAAACCCUAUUAACCCUAUAACAAUACAAAUAGAUACCGUUCGAUGUAAAUAAUUUUAAGUUUAAAGGAGAAAAAUAAAUACAAAUAGAUAAUCGUUUAAUUUAAUAUAUGAAGGAGCUUUCAGUUACAAAAAUUCUUAGAGUAUAGUCGGGUAAAGUAGCCAGUUCAUAGUCCCUCAUACGAUUUUACUGCAAAAUACUUAGAAACUACUUAAAGUGUUAAAGAUCAUUCCAAUAAUGUUUCCUUUUAUUGAAAAAUUUAAAAUUAGUUUAAUCUGUUGAAUUCAGAGUACCUGUAUAAAUUAUUGAAAGAUACGCGAAGAUGCAGAAUAAUUGAAUAACGAAAAAAACAAAUCAUUAAGCAUUUCGAAUAAAGCGUUAUUUUAAUAAACUAUAGAAAAAUAGAAUCUGUACAAAGUGAUCAAUCGAAAGUUGGUAAAUGUUUCACCACUAAACACAAAGGUGAAAAAAUUGAGGGUAAUUAUUAUUCAAAUUAAUAAGUAAUAUUUGAGAAUAUUUCGCGUGUGUAUCUUAGUUUCCAAAAAGAAAAAAGCGAAAAUAUUUUUGCUUGUUUAAAAAACAAGUGUUUUACGAACAAUUAAUCACCUUGUAAUGUGACCAUUUAUAUAGAUAAUGAUUCAAAUAUGUUUCAAAUAAUUUGGAUGACAAUUAUAUUGACUUAUAGAAUCGCAAAAUGUAUAUAACAAAGAAAAUCAAGGUAUCUACUGUCAAGAGGACGUUACUCAUAAAUGUGUCGUUUCUGUCUUAAAAACACAAGAUAUAGUAAAACCACGUUUACGCAGACCACACAGAACUCGAUUGAUUUUGGUUUUAGAGUAAAAGCACUUAUUAUGAAAUUAAUAGAAAACAAUAUUCCGGAGGGCAAAACAUUUUUGCGUAUUUUUUUCGCGAUUGAUUUUACGAUGCUGUUUAUUUCUUUUUUUUCUUUGUUCUAGUCUUUGGACACGUUUUUCUUCCUAGUAAACUUGCUCCGAUUUUUUACGUGUAGCAACUUUUCAGAAAACUCAAGUUGUUUAGAAGGUAAUAUAGAAAGGAUACUAUUUGAUUUUUGACGCUAUUUUUUAAACAAAAGCACUGAAGUGAGAGAAAACGUAGAAAAACGUACAAUUUCACGAUUUCAUUAUUUUAUAAAAACACGGACGUUUUCUACCAGAAGAAAUGAUUUAAUCGAAAAAUCACAAGAUACCUUUUUGAUUUAAUUUUUUUAUGGUAUCAUGGUCAAAACUUUUAAGCCACUUUUGAGCUUUUAAGGACUUUUAUAUUUUGGGAAUUUUUUUUAUUCGGUUAAAAAUACACGAAAAAACUUGAAAUUUGGUAAUAAUACUUAUAUUGGAUUUACUUAGACGUGGUCAAAUUUCCAAAAUCAUUGGACGACUUUUUAUUUUUUAAUAAGCGUUUUGAAAUCAAAUUUAAACAAAAAUCGCACAAAAACUUACGGCACUUCAAAUUAUGUAUAAACGAACUGCUCUCGGAAAUGUCUUUCGUCAAGCAAUGGUAUAUCGUUGCUUAUAAAUAAAUAUGAAAUAACCUUAUGUAUCCUACCUUCCCAACUUCUCACUUGUAACAGUGGCCGCUCUCAUCCAUAUAUAAAUAAAGGACAUUGUGCUGAACGAUGACGAAAUAAAUCUAUUUAGCCUUUUUCAUUUAAAAUCCAGUAGAAAAUCACUACAAAAUCUGUUUCAAUUUGGACGGCACCCGGGUAAAAGGGAAUAAGUAAAAAAAACAUUAUCUUGAGAAAACUAAAAAAAACUGUCUACAAUAUUCAAAAGUUAUAAUUAUUUAUCAAUAUUUUUGACAUUUGUUUUUCAAUUGGUUUUAUUUAAACUUCAAAUAUUUGAUUAACUUAGGACUAAUUCCCUUAAGCACAUGACUUAUUACUUUUGGGUAGUUUUAAUUUAACUUGUUCCCUAUUAUUGGCUAAUUUAUUCUUUUGAUCAACGUUUAGUAGUAAUAAGUACAACCUUUUAGUCAAUAUAUUAAUAAUUAUUAUAAUUAUACUAUAUAAGGAGCUGUUUAUUUUAAAACCAUGGCAUGACCGUUAAAACUUUUAUUCAUUUUGUAAUUUUAAUUUAAUUUUAAUUUUAUUCAUUUCAAAUAAAAUUAUAUUAAUUGCUAUAUAUUUAAGGACUAAGAUAGUAAAAUGCAACUACUACCUAUAUUAUAUAUUAUUUACUAACUCAAUAUUAAUAACAUAAAUAUCAUUGUAAAACCAAUUCAUUCCUCGUUCCACUCAGAAUCUAAAAUAAAAAUAAACAUUGAAACAAGAAUAUUAAAUACAAAUUAUAAUUAUCAAUCAAUAUUCUUCUUCAGAAUUAAGUACGGGAUCCUCUACUUGGUUUCCUACUUGGAUAAACUGAAGGUAUAUAUUUGAACAAAGACAGUAAAUCUUUUUUUUUUAUACUGAAAUGUUUAGAGUAUUUUCAUUACAAAUAGGAAUUGCUAGAUUUUCAAUUGUUAUUGUAUUCAUUCUUACUGUGAACCUAACCCUUGCUCAACAGGAAACCAGUUUUGUCACAUUUAUCAGAUGGAAUUUUCUAUUAUCAGCUAAAGUGUUUUUGUUUUUUAGUAUUUGUAUGUAUUAUAUAUGGUAAUGAUUAUUAAUUUGUUAUCAAUAUUUUUAAUUAAAAUAAAUUAACAAUUAUUUACAAUAAAUAUUGCAUAUUAUAUUUUAGUUAAUUUUCGUGGUGUGUGAUAAUAUUAUGGUGUCCCGUGGGUGAUCUACAAAAUAAGAAAAAAAAUCUGAGUUAAAUUGUAAGGAAGGAACGCAAAAAUAUUUUGCCCCGGGCCGCUGAAUUACUUGACACGACUUCACCUGUAACCUACACUAAAACAUUGCUAACGAUUUGGAGCGAAGUUCGGUUAAUAUGUUUUGAAAAGCUGUACUAUUUACAAUUUUCGUUAAAAUUUGAUUUUAAAACUCUUAAAAAAAUAAAAAAUAUUACAUUUUAAUUAUUAUUAUUAUUUUUUUUUUGAGUUCUAAGUACGACUCAUAAUGAAGCUCCUGUCAAAUUUUCAAGCAUUUCUCUCAAGUAUAAUAAUUUUUUUAAUAGAGUACCUACCAAAUAAAUAUUACGUAAAAAACUAGCAAAAUUUAAAUGUCUAUAAAAUAAAAAUAGCUUAAAAAUGGAUCAAUUAUUUUGAAAAUACCUAAAAUGUUUACGUCUAGAAACAGCAAAUAAGUUUUCUGUCAUAAUUUCAAGUCUCUACAAAUAUAUUUAACUGAAUUACAUUACAAGAACAAAAUUACAAAAACGGACAUACUUCGCACGGAAAGUUUGGAAGAUAAUUUAAUGUACAUCUAUAAGCAAAGAUAAACUAAUAAACCAUUGCUAGUGAAAAAAUGAUUCCGAGCGAAGUUUUGUAUGUAUUGGUUUUACAAAGAUAUAUUUUUUGUUUUAUGUGAACACUUUCUACAAGAAAGCUUAGUCCGAUGUAUACGACGUAGACUCCUUUCUGAAAGGAAAUCUUCUUGGAGUGGUACUUAAGAAAGAUAAUUUUUCGAUUUUUUCAAUGUUUACCCUGCAAAUUUGAAAAACAUAAAAAAAAUGGGAAAACCCGGAAAAUCGGUACAAUAUUAAACAUUACUAAAAAAAAUUUAUAAUGUCUAUUUAAUUAUUUUACCAUCAAGAAAAAUGUUGGCCCUCCCUAAAAAUGCUGACCUCAGUUUGGUCCACUUGAUGUAAAAGUUUUGGCGUUGCCACUAUAUGGGAACAUUGGUUACGACGAGGAAAAUUUAUAGCAGGAGUGGCUAAAUGCAUGCUAAGUAUAUGCUGAAUAUUGGCACAAAAAAAAUUUUAAUUUUUGAAUGGGGGGGAAGGAGGCUGUUGGAAUGUACGUUAUUCUUACGGUUUAAAAUACUUUUUAUUUUUAGUUUUGGAAAUUUUAUUUAAUUUUUUUAAAUUGAUAUUUAUUUCUCUAUAUAAACAGUAUAAACUAGGGGUGUUCCCGGUGUAAUCGAGUAAUAAUUUAUACGGACACCGGGUACCGAGUAUUAAUAUCUAUCAAAAACAAGUCUUUGGACCUAACCGUCGGUCAAGUAUUAAGAUAAGAUAAUAUAUAAUAAUAAUGAAAAUAAUCGAGUAUUAACUAAGAGCUAGUGGCUAAACCACCAGCCGCAAGCCAGUAGUUAUUAAGUAAUUGCUCAAUAAAAAAUUAAAUAGCAAACAAAUAGGUACUUAUUAAUAAGAUUAAUUUUCAAUUUCAACCACUGCGCGAUAAUGCAAUAAAAAUUAUUUUUUCGUUUGGCCGAUUGCAAACACAAAUUUUUUUCUUACUUCAUUGACACUUGGUCGAUAUCAGCAAAAAAAUGUAAUAUUACGACGGGUACAGAAUAUCAUAUCGGUUAUCCAGUUAGGACUUAACGACCAGAUAUCCGGAACAUUUCUAGUAAAAACCAUACGUAAAAUAUAAAAUACUCGAUGUGAGGCACGUAGAACGUUAAAGUAUAGGUACUCUCGAAAAAAUUGAUUGGGAUACCACUGGUCAUACCCAGGGGCGGUGCGUCAGGAGAAACUUUGUGACGGCACGCGGCAUCUCCCCAACAAUUAUAAUAUGUUACAACAAAUAUUUUUUCAAUUAUUUGUUGUAAUGUAUGUGUAAAUCUACUUUUGUCAAAUAUAUUUACUAUAAUAUGUGUAUAUAUAUUGCAUGUGUGUACACCUAUUCUCUCCGGCGGUGGUGUGUGUAUAGUGAAAACGUAUGAAUUACGUUCUGAGCUGCUUUCGGAAUUAUUGGCGAUAACGACGGACGACGACAGUUUCUAUUCUAAUAUAUAGGAGGUAAAUAAAAAUUGGGGGGGACACAGCGAUGAUGGUUUUUGUAUGGAGUCCGUGAGACUAAAUCUCUGCCACCGGGUGGCACGUUAUUUUAUAUUCGUUGCGUACAUUUGUAUAGUGCAUCGUAAACUUGUUGCGAGUUUUAUUAAAAAUAUGGAAUUAAAACAUUGUAUAUUACAUGUAUUGACAAUGAUUUUCAUUAAUUUAUGUAUGAUGAAUAAUUUAAAUUAAAACAAUUGAAUAAAUACUAAUAUUUCAAGUAAAUAAAAUUCAAGUUUAUAAAUAACCAAUAGUUACACAAAAUUUAAGUCUCCCCGUAAAUUGUAUUCACAAUUCACGCACCGCUACUGGUCAAAACAAAAUCGAAAACUAAACUAAUUUUUUAGAAAAAAUACAUCUAAUUAUUAAAAAAAAAUUGCCUACUAAACAUAUUUUGUUUACAAAUAUAAUACAAUUUACAAUACGAUAUGAUAAAGAAAAAGAAGUAUUUUCCGUCCGACAGGCACUGAAAACAGAUUAUCUAAAUAGUUUAAAAAUAGUCCAAGCUGUGCAAUACAAUAUUAUAAUUAUUGCAAUGCACUAAACCAUGUAAUCGAACACAAAAUAAUUUCAUUAUCCAAGGUCAUACAUUUAGCAAUAGGUACAUCGUUACAAUUGUAUACCUACUUCUCAGGUAUCACGUUUAUUAAUAUUAUGAACUCGUAAUAUUCGCAAUAAUGUACAGUAAUAUUCGUCACAUACAUAUUAUAGUAGGUAUAUUAUACACACUGAGUGAUUCAUUCAAGUGGAUGACUCAUUGUCUCGGAGAGUAUUAACAUUUUAAACAUUUUUUUUGAUAAUUAAUGAAACCAACAGCUCUAAGAUAUUACAUUACCAUUAUUUUUGGUGGUGAAACGACUACCUUCUUUUGAUUUUCAAAUGCCAACAUGUGUUAAAAACACCAUAGACAAAAUAUUAGUUUAAAUCAUAUUUUGGGUUUACGAGAUAUUCUACUUUAAGGUUAAGUAGGGGAGAGUAGCGGGGCAUAAUUUGUGUGCCACGGGUGGGAGGGCAGUUCAAUGGCUACCAUCAACAGGAGCGAACCUGUUAACAGCCUAUAUACCUUACUAUGUUACAGUACCUAUGUAAUGACAAACCGUUUAUGUAACAAUCCCGUUGAAGUGCGUUUAGAAUAUUAAAUAUAGUCUGAACAAGUACGAAAAUUCGGCACACAUUUGGUCAUACCGUUUACACGGUUCGUUCGUGGCUUGCGCAUACUGAACGGACACGAACACAACGAAUGCUUUCGUUCGUGUUCGGCUAGACCAUUUAUAUGGGUUUGUUGAUUCGUCCGUUAGAGUUCGCGCAUUCGUUCUUGUUCGGGCCAUAGACUAUGCCAUGGGUCAUCAAACCACGGCCCACAUUGUCUUUAUUUGAGCCGCUCGAGGCCAGUGAAUACAUUUUAACCAAAUAUUUUUUAAUAAUAAAAAUUGUAUUUUUGCGUAAAACAUACGUUUUAAUUAUGAAUGCGGUCCACGAUAUUUUUCGAAAGUAAUAGAUGAUCCGCGGUCUUCAAAGGUUGAAGACCCCUGGUCUAAACACACCUUUAAUCAAUCCGUCAAUAUAACUGAAUGGUCGCCGAUAUUCUACGGCAAGUGUAAAGUAGGUUACUACUACUGUUAACUGUCAAGUACUAAUAGAUAAUAUUUGUAUACGCAUAAUGAUUAACGUUUAUUUAUUUUUCAAACGGAGGAAUUAUUAUUAUAUGCAUCUAAAACGGAAAUAAAUGUCGUCAUUGUAAGCAAAAUGUAAACGAUUUUGUAUAGUGUCUAUCUUCAGUUUCAAAAACCGUUAAUAAAUCCCAUCGCCGCUCCACCGAGGUCUUUUCCAUUAUUCUCUAUUGUUUGGCACUUUGUCCGUAAUAUAUACCGUUGUAAUCUGCACCCCUCUCCUCCCUACACAAUACAGUUACGAGGGUCGACUAUAACAAACAGAGACCCUCACUCCAAAAGUAAGGGCGUCGAUUUGAAAUUUCGCGGUCCGUAUGGACUACAGAACCCGGUCUAUAACCGUUUAUAAAUACGUACGAAAAAAAAAAUAUUAAAUACUCAAAACGAGACGGAGAGGGGGGGGGUUCACAUAGGGUGUUAUACAUUUUUAUUUUAAAUUCAAAUAUUUUCAACUAGAGGUCUAUAAUGCAAGUCUAAAAUACAAGAUUUAGGAACACUUAAAUCAAAAAAAUGUUGUCGAUUUUAGCAUCUCAGGUUCUGACGAUAAUUUCUUUUCUUCGUUAACCUUUCAAAAAGUAGUUUCUAUCGAUUUCUCCAACACUAGUAGAUUCAAAUGACAUUUUAUUUUUUACACUGUAAAACGUAAUUUAUAUAUAUUAACUAUUAAAAUAAAAAACGGUUUUAUACGGGAGGGGGGGAGUUAAAAUUUUAAUUAAAUUGAAUUACUCAGUCAUAUAUGUGUAAUGUCGGGAGGGGAGAGGUAGAUUUCCGUGAUGUUUUCUCUCUAAAAAUCUGGAACGAAGAUAUCUUAAUCCAUAGUACAUACCUACAGAUGAAAAAUAUUAUUUAAGACCAUGUGUAGGGUGUGCGGGAGUAAAGUUCCACACGGGCCUGCCGUGAAAAAUAUCUCAUGCAUCCCACAUUUGUAAUUACGCAACUACUAGGUAGGUUAUAACUUAUGUGUCACAAUUAUGGAGGCAUUUUUUUUAAAUUGUGUUAAAUGUAAUAAAUACUUGUUUUUUUUUGGCUUUUCUGUGUUGACUUUAUUUUUGUCUUUUGUGCAAAUGGUUUAAUAAUUACAGUUAUUAUUUAUUUUAAGAUUUUAUACCAUUUUUAUCAUUAUAAAACAGUUAUCAACUGAAAUAUAACCAAUCACCACUCACUAUUUACUAUGGGUCUCUAGCAAUGUGUGAUGUGAAUCGAGUUACGUUCUCUGGAUGGCUGGAGUAUAUCUAUUAUACCAGUUUUUCUCAACGAGGAUGAAAAUUAUUCCUCUCUAGAAUGGAAUUUCGGUACUAUAGAUAAUAUAGCGAUGACGAAAUAGUAAAAAUGAAAUAUAAAAUGUGUAAAUUCACCAUAUCUUAAAUUAAAAACAAUUUAUUUCAUAUUACAAAGGGGACGUAAAAUAAAAAAUAGUUGGGAAACACUGAUCCGUACAUAAGUACGGUAUAAUGGAAUAAUAAAUAGAUAAAAAAAAAGCAUUGAAGAGGAUCUAUCACCGUAAAUACGCCACUAUGCCUAUCAUAAUGUUGUAUAUAGAUAUACGAUACACCUACGACAAAAUUGAUAGUCGAUAGGAAUGCGUCAGCAUAGCGAUAGUGUGAUACAGUGGUCGCUGCCCUCUCCACAAGUUAGUCUGCACUUCCAAUUGUCGAAUAUAUCCACAGAUUCAUAGAACUACAGUGGGCGAGAUGCGCUAGUUCGGACGAUGCGGUCAUACUCAUAUUAUAAUAUUUUGUCAUGGGCGUACGUAUACAUUAUAUAAUAUUUUAUUUGAACUUUGAACCGUUGAUUUAGAUAUCAAACCACAAAUAUCGAAUACAAUAACACAAUUACGUCAUCUGUAUAUUUGUAAGAUUAAUAUAGCAAUAAUCUAAAUAACAUCAAAUUGAGUAUACAGGAGGGUGAACAUUUUAUCGUGAGCCAGCAAUUUUCUCAAAUAAUUCUAAGUGAAUUGAAUUUCUGUUUUUUUUUUUUUUUUCAAUCAUCGUUUAAGCUUUAUUUUAAAACUAUUUUUAAUCUUUUACCCCAACUUACCUUAAAUAAUUAUAUAGAUACUUUUGAUUUCACAGAGGAACUCCUUUUUUUUAAAAACAUAUUCGAAUUGGAGAACAUUUUUAUAAAAAUGUUGACAGGAAUAAUACAUUUCAUAUCCAUUUUUAGAAAAUAAAUUCAUAACCUUCCCUUACCCCUCCGGUCUAAACUUUAAGUGUUAUAAAUCAUAAAUGGUAAAUCCAAUAUUAGUGUUACACAUGUGAACAUGUUUAGAAAAAUAUUCUAUAUUCGAAUCAGUGUUCAAAAAUGGAGAGUUUCUGUAUGAAAAUAAUAACUAUACAGGGAGUAAUCGACAAAUUGAUUGUUAAUUCGAAAAUGUCUGAUUUCUAUCAAACCGUCGAUGAGAUAUUUUACUUUAAAGUUUAAAUAGAAAGAAAAUGGUGGAACAGCUUUAAAACGACAUGAGAUGUCACACAAAUGAUGCAUCACUACUUUCUCCCCGUCGAAAUUUAAAAGUGAAAUAUCUCAACAACGGGUUAACGGAAAUUAAAAUUUGUUAAAGAUUUAUUAAACUAACACUUCGUCCAUGAAUGUGAUUUUUAAUAUAGGUUGUCAUUUGAAAAUCAAAAUUACGUACUUAGUGGUUUCACCUCCUAAAAUAAGGGUAAUAAAAAAAGAAAAGAAAAGAGAGUAUGAUAUUUAUAUGAUAUUUUAGAGCUAGGUACUUAUUUCAAAAAUCUUUUAAAAAUUAAAACCAAAGUAAAUAUUUUAUUCCGGGAUAUUAAGUGUGUUACGUCAUGUUGAUCACCCUGUAUAUUAAUUUAAGGUAUUUGAAGUAGAAUAAAAGUUUAAAAAAUAAAACUUUAAUGAUUCUACAAUAACUGAAAAAACCAAACAAAAAUCAAAUUCACCUAAAAUCUUCCAAGAAAAUUGCUGGUUCGUGAAAAAUGUAUCACUUUGUAUAUUGCGAUUUUAGAUAAAUCAAAUUAGAUUUCCUGAUGAAAAAAAAAAAAAAAAGCCGUAAACAUACAAGUAUUACAAUUUAUAAUAUAGCAGAGGUAGCCGACGUGCGAUGGCUUGCGUUUUAUUCCGGGGGGACGCAAAAUAUUUCUAUAGGUACUAAUACUUAAUACGUUUCAUAAAAAACAAAUUAAUAUUCAAACAUGAUACCACAAAUCUAUAAAUUAUUUUAUUAUAUUUGACAACGGCCAAUUCAUAUAAUAAUACGAGGUAUGUCCCGAAAGUAAGUUCCAUUUUGUAAUAAAAGAAGAACAAGUAUACAGAUACAGUAAAAAAAUUUAUUUCACAAAAAUCUAGAAUCCUUGGCCCUUAGCCACUAUUUUUCGACAUAGCUCCCGUGAUUUUCCAGGCAUUUGUCAUAGCGUGAUACAAGUUUUUGUAUACCAUCGUCGUAGAAUAUUGCCGCCUGUAGUGUCAACCAAGUGGUAACAUGUUUUUUCAGCUCUACAUCGCUGUUGAAACGCUGACUGCCAAGGAAAGACUUCAGAUGCAGAAACAGAUGAAAGCCACUAGGAGCGAGGUCGGGGCUGUACGGAGGAUGGCCAAAAACGUCCCAGCCAAAACUCUGUAGGAAUGUUUUUGUCACAUUCGCAACGUGUGGUUGGGGGCAUCGUCACGAAUGAAAAUCACGCAUUUUUUGAGCAUUUCUAGGAGAAUUUUCUUAAGCGUCUCGCAAUUAACAUCUUUAUUGGUUGUUUCACCUCGUAACAAAAAAUCAAUCAGUAAAACGCCUUGUCUAUUCCAAUUUCACAAGCGGUAGAAUUUUUGAUUAACUCGAACACUAUGAACAAGCGCUACGAAGUACACAGAACCAAUAGCGAGCUCAAACUGGCGUAAUUUCAUUCUACUUGAUACAGAAACUGCCACGCAUGUGCGAAACUGCGAUCGCAGAACUGCCACGGAGAAAAAUGAAAACGAAAUUUGCUUUCUGGACAUACCUCGUAUUUUAAUGGUAUCUACUUUGGCCGAAAACUCGAGAAUCAACAUUUUCAAUCCCGGGUCUUUUUACUCUCUAAAUCCCUCAGAUACGGAUUUCAGAAUAACUCGAAACACCCAAUCUUUCUUGUUCAAUAUUUGCAAUUUAAAUAAUAUGGCGGUGUGAACACUACCGGUUAGGAACCACUGUGUUUAAAUACUGUGUUGUACAAACAUGAGUGCCGUACGAAUAAUUACUUUUUUUUACUAAUAAUUACUAUUUUGAAAACGAUAAAUCAUCGUAAAACGCGUAUUUUUAAUCGUAAUAACUAAUUAUAUAUCAUAUUAUAGUAUAACGAAUAUAAGUACCUAUAAGUAUAAUAUACCUAUAUUCUAUAUAUUAUAUUGUUAUAAUAAUAUUAUAAUUACGAUGGCUCUUCACUCGGUAAAAACGGACGGAAAAUAUACCUAAACGUUUUAAAUUCAGUAUUGUUUGUACCCACGUACAAUAUAUAUUGUGCAAGUUUUCUUUCGUUUCUCGGCAGCAUCGGUAAUUGAAAUUAUUUCAUUGUUCUAUUCCAGAUCCGUGCAAUUUACAAUAUUUUUAGCGUUAAAAUAAAAUUUUCCAAUAACGACGUCAGCGGCUCGUUCUGCAAAUACCUCCUUCAACGGCUUUGUACAUUUUACCAUUAUAAUACAACCGACUUUUUAUGAUUUUUUGACUAAUUAUUUAAUAUUUCAUUUUAACACCGAUGCACAUGAAUAUAGAUUUUUUGCAAAAGCGAUGUAGAUUUAAAAAAUAGCAAUAAAAAAACUAUAGGUAUAUUUAUAUUAUGCAGCGUUUCACUAAAAUAGUAACACGAAAUAUUUGAGAAAGACUUACGAUUGAAAUAGAAUUUUUUUAGGCAGAUCAAAGGUUCAAAAUACAAAUUUUGAGACUAUUUUGAAAGUUUUAACUCUUGCAAUGUACGCAUGCAAAAUAAAAUGUAUACGUUAUUAAAUUGAAAUAAUUAUUUCUAGCAUCAGAUUUGACAAGUACCUACAUACAAUUUCCGUAUUAAAAAUACGAUUUUUCAAAAUAUUUAAAUCUGAAGAUGUCACAAAAUUUGAAUAAUUUGACUCGACUAAGUUUGGGUUUAGUUUGGGGAAAGGUUAUAUAAUAUGUAAAGUUAUUUAUAAUAUUACAUAUAAAGUACAUUGUUUUAAAUUUUUUGAAAAAUCGAGAAAAAAAUAAAUUUUUUUAUGAAAUAUAGCUAAUGGUUGUAACCCCGACAAAUUUCUAUUCUAAACGUAUUUAAUCGGUUUUACUAUGUAUGCUUUUUUUUAUUUUUUAUUCAUUUCGAAUUUUGUUGAUGUACUGCAUAUGUCAUUUUUCAUUUUCUAAAUGGUUUUCAUAAUUGUUGGGAAAAAUCAGAAAAAAAAGUAAAAGAUAAAAGACAAAUAUUUACGGCGUCUUAAUAUUUUAUUAUUUUAAAUUUUUUCGAUUUUUGUUUUCUACAAGCUAUUUUUCACCGAAAUUUAAGAGUAAUAUUCUUUCUGAAAAGAUAUUUUGUUGGUGCGUAAUUAGUGGUGUAAUUGGUGCGUAAGAAAGAAGUUUUUGAUUUUCCGUGCAAAUUUCUUAACACAUGGACGAAACCAGGAAAAAACGGAAAAGUUUACGAGAAUAACAACGGUUUAAUUAUUUAAAAUUUUUGUUUUUUUUAAAGUCAUUCAGUUGAAAUAUGUAUUAACAUAAAAUGUUCACGGAAUAUUUAUAUGUGACUUUGCUUAACGUUGUAAAAUGUUUAAAACAUACUGACGAUUUUUAAGCUAUUUGCAAGAAUUUAACAUUAUUGAGUUUUUAUUUAUUAGUAAAGCAUACAUAAAAGAUCCAAUGGAUUUUAUAGAUAUAUAACAGAUAGAUUUUUAACAGGUAAACAACACAAUUAAUUGAAAUUACAUUCAAUUUCAAAUACACACUUUCAAUUUAGAAAUUAAAAUUAAAUUCUUUAAUUCGUUAUAGACUUUGGCAAACGACAAAUUGGACUAUUGUUAACAUACUUUUUAGAAGUGGAGCAUGAAAACGUAAUUUAUCUGAAUUUAAACGCAAGAACAUGAAACCCGAUUAGAGAUAGAAGUUUAGUACAGUUUUGUUUAUGUUAUCAUUAAAUAAUUUCUAUAAAAAUGCUACAUUGAAAUACUUACGCCACUUAAUUGCAGUAACUAGGUCAAUACGGUUAGCGAUAUUAGAAGUUCAUGUAUUUCUAAACCCCGCAGAUCUUCAACUUAGCUGCACUGAGAAGGGUUCUACACACCACAGACCCAAAUAAUAGAAUCGAUAUUACUAAUAAACUAUUGAAUGCAAUAAGACAAUGUGGGUCUUUGAAAUCAGAUCAAGUAUUUUAUAUAAACCAAAUACUCUCAAGGAUUUAUUGUAUACUAAGUUUAUAUGAUCAUCAAAACUAAAGUCUUUAGAGAAAACUAUUCCUAGAUUAUGGACUUGAUUGACUCACAAGAUCUGUUGUACAUAGUGUAUUUAUGGUUAACUGGGGUUUGGAGACGAUAGAAGGUAAAUGGGUUCAUUUAGAUACAUCUACAAAAAGACUAUUAGCAGCUUCACCAGACACCGAGGCUAUUCAAAUCCGAAUGUAGAUAAUUGGAAUUACCAAUGAGAUUAUAAUAUGAAUCUUCAAAUUAUUAACGAAGAGCGAAAAACUACCAAUAUUGAAAAUCUUCGCUACAUUAUUAAUAAAUAUUAAGAACUGUAUUGACCACUUUAUUAUUAUUAUUAAUAUUAUUUAUUAUAGAAUGAAAAAUACAAAGUAAUAAACACAAUAAACGCGAUUAGGUUAAAUUAUGAGACGCACAAACCGAUUAUACAAAUUAUCCGUCAUCAAACUAUAUUCAGAACACAGAAUGUUCAAGUUAUCUAGUUUUUCUUUCAAGUAAUCGAGGUUUUCGCAAGGGAACAGCAUUCAUUUCGACUUAUCGAGAUUCCACUCUAUUAACUAAAAGUAAAAUUGAAUUGAAAAUCGAGAUAACGGUAUUACUUAAAAUACGACCACAGAAAGUUAAAAGAAUCAGUAAAGAAUGCAAUGAAACUGCAAAAGAAGAGUCAAUAAUUGUUUGAAAAUGAUAAACACAAGUUUCACGCUAGAAUCUAACAAGUUAUAAUUGAUACUGCAUCUAUUAGUGUAAGGUUUAAUGUUUUAAAUCAAUUGAUAGAAGAUGCUUUCUAAAAAAUUUAAAAAAAGAAAUGCAAAUGUGAGUUUGAUCAAAAAAAAGCUGUACAUCUUUUUCAAAAAUGAGUAGUGUGUGAACGAGAGGACCUAGUAUCUAAUUAAUACCAUUUAUAAUAAUAUUUCAAGUAAUACAUGGUAUAAAUCAAAUGUGAUUGUGACCAAUGGAAGGUUCGUCAAAAGGGGGGAUCAUGGCCAGAGAGACAUGUCUCCUUCUUGCCCACCCUCCCUAAAUGGAUGCCCAUGACUCCAAUUCAGAAAAUAACAAUGAAGAAACUUGUUAUAUGAAGUAUACGUUUUUCCAAAAACGUGUACUUAUGUAUUUAAAAGUGUAUUUAUGUACAUUUAGAUUAUUAAAAAAAAUAAAUUGCCUCGAACACAUAUUAUAAAUCAUAAUAAAGUGUAUUUAUUAAUGACCAUCUUAAUCGUCUUUUUAAAGCAAAUUAUAAAUUAUGGCUUUUGCCAAGUCAUUUCGUAAGUAAAUUGCCAGUAAAGCCUACAGUACCCAGACCGACCAUUGUGUAAUACUCGUCUAAAUAAAUACAUAUAUUAUUAAUAAUAAUUACUAUUUAUGUAAAAAUACCUCUCGCUACAGAAAAAUAUACACAGGUAUAAUUGUUUUAACCAUAAUUUAUACAUCUGUGCCACUGUUGUGGUAUUGAAAAUGAAUGGGUUGUACACACAGCUGUACUCUAUUUAAUUUUUCAUCUAAAGAAUAACAAUUAAUCUUCAUAUAGUUAUAUUAUAAUGUACAAUAUGCAAUAGAAUCCUGGUGGUUUGUUCGCAGCCACGUAGAUAUAAAUCGACAAAAAAUAAUGAUAAGAUUUUGAACAUCCCUACAGUGCUGUUAUAUAUCGAACAAACUAUAUUGUCACUCUCAUCGCCAACUAUUAAUAUAAAUUUAAGAUGGUUCGAAACGUUUUUCAAUUUUAAAAACACGAAUCAAUUUCAACAACCUUAAAUAAAAAAUUGAAUCACUAAUUAGCUAUGACUUAUAUUUAUGAUAAAAAUUAUGUAUGUUUAAAGAAUAAAAUAUUUUUUAAAUGUGAUUUUUACUUGGAGAGGAGACAUAAUCACUUCACCACCUUUAAAAUAAACACAGUGGUGUUUAGAUUUUAAAUGAGCAAACAUAAUAGAUUUAUACACUUGUAUGAUUUAUAAAUAACCAUUCCAAUAACACAAGUAAUAUUAUACUAUUAUAUUAUUUAUCAGAUUUCAUUUUAUAAGUAUCAAGUUUUUAUAACUUUUUUCAUUCGUUAUUUUAAGUUCUACAAAUAGUUGUAUUAUUUCAUUUUUAAUACAUGUUAAUAACAGUACGAUAUGGUAUUACAUACAUUAAAAUAUUCUAUACCUAUAUAUAUAUACCCCGAAAAAAGUCAAAAAAUUGAUUUUUGCCUACAUUCUGUGUAAAUAUAAGUUAUUAGAUUAGGUUUAUUAGUCAUAAAUUCUUUUUGAUUUUUGAUAGGUAUGAAUUUCCAUGUGUUGUUAUUUAUUUUUUUUAUUUUUUAUUCGUCUUUGGGAUUAAUUAUUAAUUGUCAAGUCUUAGUUGUAAAAAUUAAAUGCCUAGAUGUGUUUAUUGUAGAAGUGUACCACUUAUUUGUAGAGUUCGAAUCAAUUUUGACCUGUAAAAAAAUCCAUCAGACUAAGAAAAAAAAAAUACUCCAAGUGAUUUCCUUAUAAAUACAGUUCAACUUCCGUUAAAGGUCAUUAUUUCCGAUCCAUUCAAUGACCGUUAUAUGGAAGUUUUACUGUAUAUAAGGUUUUGAAGUAUAUUUCCGGUUGAUCUCACUAAACUUUUUGUAACAUUGAUACACUAAACAAAUAUUAGUCUUGGUGUAGAAUAUCAACUGCCAAAACAUUUAAUCUAAGAUUUGUCUAAGUGUACCGAAAUAAAAUGUCUCAUCGAGUAGGUCCACUGGACAUAAGUAAUAUUUUUUUAUAAAGUUUAUUACUAUAUAUACAAUCUGUAAUUAUAUUCACGACACCAGCGCCUCUUAAGCCUUUUUGACGGAUAUCCGAGAAUAUUAAUCGAGUUUAGAGAAAGAAUAUGAGGAUUUGAGUGGUUCGCAAGGCGACAGCGAAAACGCUUAUAAUACGAUGUAGCCACUUCAGCGACAGUCUGUAUAUUAAGAUCAGAGUGCAGAGUGUGAUUCAAAACGAAGAAGGGCGCAUUAUUUAUUAUUCGGAGGGGAAUGGAUUGGAAGGUUUGGAUGGAUUGCAUUUUAUAAAUGGUAGAUUUUUUAGCCGCUCCCCAUAAUUGGACUUCAUAGGCCCAGAUAGAUUUUGUAGAGUAGCAAUUUAUCUUUUAAAUAGAGCUUGGACUGCUUGCUUAAUAGAGGAUAUAAUAACUUACGUCUUAAGUUUAGGAAGAGCCUUUUUUGAUAUGAUUAGCCCAUGUUAAGUGUUUGUCAAGUAUCAAACCUAAGUACUUGAUACUAGAAACCGCUGAGAUAAUUUUAUUAGACAGAAAAAGGAGUAUGGCCCAUAGCCUAAGAGUGAAAGUAAUAUGUGAAUAUUUUUCAGUGUUUAUUUUUACAUUCCAUUUGAAAUACCAUUCUUCCAUUUAGUUAAGAUGACUUUGUAAUUGUUGGCUGGUGAUAAGGGGAUUGUUAUUAGACGUAAAAAUGACUUUGUCAUCGGCAAAUUCGGCAACUGUGGUGUAAGGAAAUACGUGUUGAUCCACCAUAUAUAUAUUUUACAGAGUGGAAGACAAGAUAGCCUCUUAAGGUACACUGGCUAGGAUAGGUGCUAAAUCAGAGAACUCAGAACCUACUUUAAUUAUAAAGUGGCGACUUUCUAGGUUCAACUUAAAAAAUAGGGAGUACGAAGAGGGAGAAUUUUUUUAAAAUUUAAACAAAAGACCCGUAUGCCAGACCUUGUCAAAGGCUUGAGCAACAUCCAGUAGGAUAGCCGAACAGUAAAGUUUUGUUUUCCAGAGAAUAGGAAAUAACGUCGGUCAGGCGAUGAACUUAAUGGAUAGUGGAGUACUUAUUUUUAAAUCUGAACUGGAUAUGAGGGACUUCUUUUUUAUCAUUAAUGAAUACUGAAAUGCGUUUAAGAACACUGACCGAUUUUAACUAUUGAAAGUUUAAAAAACAACAGUGUUUUUGACUAGAUAAUUUAAAAAUAACUUAGUACUUUUCCCACUGAAUAGAUACUAUAAAUAGAAUGAACUAGGUACUCGAUAGUCUGAUAGUUUUCUAUCGGUAGUAUUGGCACAGACUGGUUUACAAAACAACUGAGUGUUUUUUCAACUGAAUAGAUACUGUCGAUAGUCGAUAGUUUUUAAAGACAAUUAAGUAAAUAGAUAGUUUGAAACUAUCAAGUAGUACGAUAGAUUUCACUCGGUAGUGACCAUCACUAAUGAAAGGUAGUAUGAAAUUUAGACGAUCAUCAAUAUUUUUAACACGCAUACGAUAAAAAUUGAACAAUUUAUCCGGGUAAGACCGUAAUUUUCAUUCUUAAGUUAAUAAAACUGUCCUUUCAUUAAUUGCUGUGAUAUUAUCGGUUGUACUCAAUGUCCUCUUUUCAUUUUCUUCCUUCUUCUUAACUCGAAAGCGCAAACUGUAGUUAUUUCGGCAAAUCCAUGAUGAAACUGAACGAAUGUUGUGUCGCGUGACACGAUAGUUUCGUUAAGUUUCGUUUCGCAUAUGUGAGCGCGGUUAUGAUCAAACUGUUGCGCAACUAUCUACGACUAAAAAUUGCCCGUCAGCGAUUAGCCUUAAGUAUCAUAAUUUUAUUUUUAAUUGUUUUUCUUUAACCAGAUAAAAAUAAUAUAUAAAAUAGAUAAAUUUCCAGCAAAUUAAAUGAAAUAUUAUAAUUUCUCAACAAUGCUUAUAAUUUAUUUAUAAUGAAUGGAAACAUUAUUUGUAGGAUUGUUUUAAAAUAAAAUUUCUGGGUUUGAAAUUUGACAAAUUUAAUGAAAAUUAUAAGUGUCAAUGCAACUAAAUUGUUUGUUAUUUAUGACUCUUUUGAAUUACAUAUCUUUAAAUCAUCUAAAAUAAGUUAAAAUAUGUAUUAUUUUAGAUAGUAAAACAUUUAUUCAACAUUGAUCAUGAUGACACAUGAAUCAAGGAAAAUAAAGAGCUGAUAUUUCGAGAUUUACAUAAAAAAGUAACCAAUAAGUUCAAAACAGCAGCGAGUACCUAAUAUUGUUUUACAUUCUCGUUCAUAAUAACUCAUAAUUAUAGGUAUGUUGUUAUAAACUUAUUAUAGUUUUCUAAUUAAUUAUUAUACAUAUAAAGUAUCACUCGAGCUAAUUUAGAAAGUAUCACCAUCAAAUACACUUUAUACAUCAAAUUUAAGUUUAGGGGUAAAUUAAGAAAAAUUCUAAUUGAAUCCUUAAGUUCAAUUAUUAAAUUCAAGAUGUGUUUAUUAUAAGUUAAAAUACAAUCUGAGAAAUCUUUAAUGUAAAAGUUCUCAAUUUUUAAUAUUUAAAUAUUAUAGAUGCAUAAAGUUGUUUUCAUAUUUCGAGUUUAGUAUUUACACUAAAAAUAAAUGAUUUUCAUUUUUAGAAAUUUUAAAAUUAUUGAAAAAAUGGGUACUUAUUUUGUUAUAGCCAUCCUAUUCUGUUCUCAAUAGUCAAUAUUUGUAUAAGGUAUACAAAAUAAAUUUAUUUAGAACCUAGCUUAACUGUAAUACAACUUGGUUAUUAUGAAAAUACAACCAAACUAUUAUAGUAAGUGCAUAUCAAAAUAUGUAUUAGUUAUUCAUCAAGUAAAAAAAAAAAAUAGAAGUGAACAAAUGAAAUAUCAAUGACAAAUUAUGUACAGUUGACCUUUAACAGGCUUUGAUCAAUGACAACAAAUGACAAGUGAUGAUAAAAAUGGUAGUGGAGUUAGUACCUAUGAUAUAUAUGAUAAAUGGUGCACAUAAUAUUAGUAUUCAAUAGCCAAUUUUAUCCACUAAUGUAGUAUUUAAUUAACCUAAUAAAUUUUUAGGUAUUAUUUCUUUUUAUAAUUUUGUAUAAUUUAUCAAUUUAUCAAUCAAAUAUUACCAUAACAUAGUAAAAUAAUAUUUUCCGAAUAAAAUAAGGUGUUGAUAAAUAAGGAGACAAUAAAAAUUAAUUACAAUCCAUAACUGGCUGUAGUAUCUAAAUAUUUUUUGUAGAUUUGUUCGCACAAAGGCAUCUAAAAAAUAUGAUUAAGAGUUAAUUCAAACCCUAGUAUUAGACAGAUCUCCUUGAUUACGUAGUAGUCCAGUACAUUAAUAGUUGUUGACUUAAUCUGCAAUUAUAUUUGACCAAAAUGCAAAAAAUGUAGGUAUAUUAGCCGCAUGGUGAAAAUAACAAUUGAGUAUAACAGUAGGUACUAUCAUAGUGUCUAUAAAUAUAUAAUUCAGUACUUAUUGUUGUAGUUUCAUAAGUAGAAUACUUAAUUUUUAAUUUUUAAAUAUAUUUAUAUUGUAAUAAAUGUUCUAAACAAAGUGACCAAUAUAACAUAGAAUAGAAAAUAUUACUUUAAGAAACAAGCAGCUCUAAAAUUGUCUAUUUCCCUUAAGAUUAGUUGUGAAAUCAUUACCACAUUGUGAUUUUCAAAUAACAACGAAUAUUAAAAAUUCCAUAAAUAGAUUAAGUUUUAGUUUAAAUAUACUUUUCUGUGUUGAAAUAUUUAUUCCCAUCAACUAGUUUACGAUAUAUUUCACUUUUAAGUUUUACCUCAAGAGAGACAGUGAAAAUAGCGUGCCACAUGACGAUUGAAUAAUCCACUACCUACAAAAUGAUAAGUGUUAAAAUUUAAAUAUCUCAUCAAUAAUUUGGCAAAAAACCAAAAAUGUUUUAUUAAAUUAAAAAUUCAUCUAAUUUUGAUAUUUUUAAUAUAGAUUGCCAUUUAAAAAUCAAAAUGUGAUACCCAACCAUAGUGGUGACAAAAAAUAAGCGAAAUGAAUAUAUUUCAGAGUAAAUUAGUUUCCUAAAUUCUAAAAAAAAAAAAAAAAAAAUCUAUUACAAAUUUAAUACUUUGUGAGAUAACGAGUUUUCAUUAUAUUGAUCACAAAGUAUGGCAUGCAAGAUGUAUAGAUGUAAAUUUUAAAAUUAUAUUAUUAGUUUUAAUAAAUAAUUAAAUCAGAUUAAUCAGAAUGUGGAAAGUUUUAUAUUACAUUUUAAAAUCUGUAUUUGUUUUUUUAUUAUUGGUAACACUAAUAAAAUCAUAAUAUACUUACGAUUCUUGAAUUGUUUAAAUAAAAUUCCAAUUAUAAUUUGUAACUUGAAAAAUAAAAUAAUAUCCUAUAUACUGAUACUCUCAACAAUGGUAACAUUAUAUAAUAUAGGUACUUAUAAAAACAAUUUUAUAGAAUCAAAAUUAAAUGAAUUGUGUAAGUUGAUUAACUUAUAGUUUGAAAAAAAAUAAGAUAAAUAUUUAAUAUUUACUAAUGAUUAAUUUCACGCUUUUUCAACUUAUAAAAAAUUAAAUUAGAAAGCAAUAGAUUACAAUACUGAUACAAUAAUGUGAUUAAAUGAUAACAUCCAUUUCAUUUUGCCUUCUUGUUGAGAAUAUAAUGUAAUAAUAAUAUAUUUAUAUAUACAAGGAAAUAUUUUAUUUUCCGUGUUUGGACUUAAUUCUAUAUAAUUAUUUUUGUUUUAAAUAGUUUGCUCUGUCAAUUCAAAUUUAAUAGGCAGAGCUACUCACAAGCAAUUAGGCUCAUGUCUAAAUAAUUUACUUUAAAUAUCAUAUACCUAGGUUCUGGUUACUUGAGUAUGUCAUCCUGAUUAAUAUUAUCAAUAGCCAGUCUCAUUAUAUUAACUUUAAUGAAUUCCCUACUCAAUAUUAGUUGGUCCAUUGUAUAAAUUCUAUUACUACUGUAAUAUAUUUAAUAUCCACAAAUAUUUAAUCGAACUAUGUUUAUGUGUAUAUGUUUUAGGUAAUAAUUUUAUUUUUUCAAUAUAGUUACUUAGUUAUCACUGGUUAGUUAUUGCAUAAUUUAACUCAAUACACUUUAUAAUAUAAUUAUUAGAUAUAAUUCUUAACAACCAUAAUAACUCUGAUAAUGACAGAUAAAUUAGUUAUGUUAAAUGGCUUUUAAUUAUUAUCUAGUAUAGUAUAUUUAAUUUUUUUUUUCUAAAAUUUUAAAAUCGGGUGAAAUAAUUUUAGGGAUACUAAUGAAGAAAUAUUAUUAUACACAGUCAAAGUAGUAAAACAUAUGUUUAAAUACUCCUAUUAUAUAAUUAUAUAAAAAUGAACGAAUCAUUUUGUAUUUUUUUUCCACUUUAUAACUAAGUAUAAACCUAAGCAACUGUUAAGUACCUAAUUCAAUAUAGCUUCAAUUGUAUCACAAUAAAAAAUUUACUUAGCCACAUUGACAAAAAAAUAAAUUAUAAAAAUAUAUGAAAUACCUAAAAUAAUUAUUAUUAAUACCUACAGAAAAUACAAUAUUACUAAAUAACAUCUUUACAAUGAUUAUGUUUAAUUUUACAAUACUUUUUGUAAGUUUUAUUCUAUUUUUGAAACUGUUAAUAUGUAUUUUAGAGUAUACAAAAUUUUGAUAAGUACCUAGUUGUCGUUAAAUGUUGUGUGAAAACUUGACUUAUGUAUACUACGAGAGCCCCCAAUUUUUAUUAGUAAACGAUUCACAAGUAAUCACAAUUAUUUUAUUUGAAAACACCUAAACUUCAUCUUUAAAUAUAAUUAAAACCAAGUACAUAUUAUAUAUUGUUGGUAUUAACUGAAUCUAUAAUAACACCUAAUAAAUAUACUAUUGUUGUUAUAUCAGAAAGGGGAUUAAAUGGUACAUUGAAUUAAAUAAAUAUGGGAAUAUUUAUCGGACAAAGUACCUGUUGCUGUCUAUAAAAUAUUUCAAGUUUAAACCAUAACUUAAUAAUUAAUUCCGUAAUUAAAUAUAAAUUCAUAUGUAGAGAUAAAAAAAAUAUAUUAUAUGCCCAUUAUAUUAAUACUUAUGUACUUCACUGGAGACUUAAAAAACAUUUUAUUGUAGGUAGAUGAUAUUAUUAUAUUACUAUUAAUUACCUUAGUUUUCUUUUAAUUUAUUAUUUAAGUUGUCUUAAUGAGUGUUGUGUAUCCUUAGUAUAAACGGCAAUGGCUUAAUUCCUAAUUGACGUGUGUGCACACCAAAAUACUAUAUAUUUACUAGGAUUUCUUUGUUUGCUUUCUCAUAGACUGAAGUAGCCAGUAGUGUUGUAGGAUUAAUCAUAGAAGCGGUAGUAGUAGAUAAUAUGUGACUCAAGCUAUUUUCUGUGUUUCUUUACAAAUCGAAAUGAAACGAUAAAAUAGAGACCGACAAAACAAGACACUGCAACACGAAAAAAAAAAUAUCACGAUAGAAAAAAUAUUAGCUUGAUAAUCAUGUUUAUAUAUGGUCAUAGUUGCCUAUUUACAUAGUAAUAUUAUAGUAUAUAAUUAAUGCGCUAGCGGUUAAUAUAACUAAAAAAAUAAGAAAAAAUGAGUUGGUACCUAGCAAGAUGGAACGUUACAAGCUUAGUGUAUAUUGACCUUGAAUCGGUUUAAUUAGUAUUCAUUAAUAUUAUAAUAAAAUAUAGAUUAACGAAAUAAGUACCUAGUAUGAUAAACAUAUAAUAAUUUUAACCUAACUCGCCGAAUAUAUUCGGAGUCUUAGGUAGGUAGGUAGAUAGGUAAAUAUAUUUUGAGAUCUUGUGUGUACGAUUAUUAUACUUACCACUGAGUUAAAAUGUAGCAUUAAACAGUAACCCGAAAAAAGAACUUCUCCGGCCGAAAUGAAAUGUUGUAUUUUUUUUUUAUUUUUUUUAAACAGGAUACAAGUUAGCGAAGAUUAUUUGAAGUUAGAUUAAUUAAAUCAUUAAAAAAGAGAAUAUAAAAAAAUCGCGUUCGUCAUCCAAGCUUGUGUCUGUUUGAUUCUGACGAUUCUGUGAAUGUCGAAUGAGAUAUUCAAUUGAAAUAAUUUAAUUUUGAUCGUUCGAGCGCGUACAAAAUGACAAAGAAACGGAAAAAUGUCAUAAUGUAUAGGUAAUAAUAGUAAACACGGAGUGAAAAGAUAAUGAUGUAUUAAAUUUUAUUAUAAUUAUUAAUAUUACAUAUUACAACAAUUAUUACAGUAAUUGAUAGCGUCAUAGAGUGUAACCAAAAUAUCAAAUAUACAAUCUGCCAUUCUACAUUGUACAUUCUUACCGAGAAUCAAUGGGACUCUUUCGAAGUUUCAUGGAGAAAAGAAUCGUACAUCAGUGUCGCCACACCCGCAGAAAGCAGCGCAACCAACAUCAUUUUGCGCGGCGAUUGACGUCACGGGCGGGCAGUGUGAUUUUAUCAGAAUAAUAAUUAAUUGUUUAUUUAUAAAUAAAAGUUAUUUAUUAGCGUAGAAAAAAGAAAAGAAAAUUAUUCAGGGUAAAUUCGAGUGCCGCCAAUCGCUACCACCAUCGUCGUCGUUACUACCGUCAGCCUGACAAAAUCUACACACCGCUGGCGUUUGUUGUCAAAUUGUUAAAAUAUAGUUUUGUUUUAUUUUUGAAAACGAUUAUAAGUAUAUACUCAGGUGAACGUCGCGCUCAAUUGUAAUAUAUUAUUAAUACUAUAAAUGACAAUAUUAUAACCAUCGGUGUCAUUGCAUUUUUAUUUAUUGUGUGCGUUUUAUUUGUUUCUGUGUGUGUUUGUGUGUGUAUGUGUUUGUUGCAUCAGACCCUAAUGGCUGAUCAGAGGUUUUGUUUGCGAUGGAACAACCAUCAACCCAACUUGGUGAAUGUCAUGACCGGUUUGUUGAACAACGAAAUGUUCGUCGAUGCAACCAUCGCUGCGGAGGGACGGAAAAUUCAAGUGCACAAAGUCGUGUUAUCCGCUUGCAGCAGUUAUUUUCAA